AUGUCGACAGUACUGCGGUCGGAUAUCUCGAUCCGAAAGUUUGACAUGUCGACUUGUACUGUAGAGGGAUGGCGACGCUCUUAUCUGUUCCCCCCAUCCCAGCAGACAGUCGCACUAUCACCACCACAACAACACUCUCAUGCAGAACGAUCAACACUAGCUUCGAGAACCACGCCUCUUUUCCCUGGCCCUGUGUGGCCUCUCUCUGCAAAUGCCACAACUCUCCUCCUCCUCACGGCCCUCGCGCUCCCUGCUGCCACACCUUGCUCCGUUUCCAGCGCCAACCGCGCGGCACUGCCUCCGCGCCGAGAUGAUGCCCUGCCGUCGCGGGUGCGCAAACAGCCCCUCCUGUCUCGCCUCCCUCGACCCAAUCGCGGCCGACGCUCCCUCUUAAAGCUCGGCGCCGCCACCGCCGCGGACGGAUCGAGCACCGGCGCGAGGCCUGUCGUUUUGGAAGGCUCGCAAUUGAAGGCGCUGGUGCAGCUGAAGGAGGCGUGGGGCAUGUGGGCGGGCAACAGCAACGCCACCACUGCGUGCUCUGCAUGGACUGGCGUCACCUGCAGCCCCAACGGGCUCGUCACCGGCCUGGAUGCAAAGCUAUUUUCUGAUGCGGAUCCCCUCCCCAGUGGCGCCAUACCUGCCUCCAUCACUACUCUCGCCACUCUGCAAUAUCUCGAUCUGACCUACAUUGACUUUGUGGGGCCCAUUCCAUCCCUCGCCAGUCUCACCGGCCUCACCUACUUAGCGAUUGGAGUGGAUGGCAGCAGGCUGACAGGCACUCUGGACGGACUGGCUUGGCUCUCCUCCCUCACCAACCUGCAAACACUGGGUCUAGAGUACUUGGCUGCAUUCACAGGGGACUUGUCCUCCCUGCACAUUCUUUCUCAUCUGAGAAACCUUCAACAGCUGAACAUUAUUUCGCUCACCAAUGCCACAGGGGAAAUACCCAGAGAGAUUCGAUUCUUGACAGCCCUCACUGCACUGGACCUAUCCUACCUCCGUGCUGUCGAGUUCCCUGAUUGGGUCACCCACCUCUCCAACCUUCAGUAUCUGAAUGUGGAUAUGGACGAUCCACGCCGGCAGGGGCUGUUGAAGGACGAAAUGUCUGAGCUCACAGCACUCACCACCCUAUCCAUCAAAGGAAACAACCUGGAGGGCUACCUGCCCAAGGGCUGGUCCACUCUGGUCAAUCUGCAGGAGCUUGGACCCAUCCCACCACACCUGGCAAUUCCCAGCCUCGUUGAUCUUCAAUUAUCCAACAACCUGUUCACAGGAGGCAUCCCCAACACCUUCACUCGGCUUACAGGCAUGAGUUCUCUAGCUCUCAGCGGCAACAACUUCACAGGGUCUAUUCCAGAUUCCAUCUCCACCCUCACCACCCUCGAAGUUAUCACACUCAACAACAAUCAACUGACCGGCACUAUCCCCUCCGCUGUCUUCAGCAUGACGAAUCUGAGAUACCUCUACAUGGCCAACAACCGUCUGAGUGGCAGUCUGCCAGAUGCCAUCAGUCGACUGCAGAAGCUCGAACAGAUCCACUCUGUCUGCGAUGUGAGCGGGAACAGCCUGUACGGGCGCAUCAACCGCAACUUCAAGAACAUGGUGCUGGACGACGGUGCCCUCAUCAACUUGGCUCACAACUUCUUCUUUGGCGAUGCCGUGCUCUUUGCUGCCGGCUGCCAGGUCUGCCCCGUUGACAUCACCGAGCCCAACGUGCUGGACCUGGGGGACCUCCUUGGUGUGCACGCCGGCAAGUGCAGCGGCGCUGUAGGCAGUAGCAUGCGAGAUUACGGGAUUGUUGGCGCAGGCAAGGAGGCGAGGGUGAGUCUGUCGGGCAACUGCCUGACGCUCACCCCAGAGGCGGAUUGCCCUUCCAACGCCACCCAGCGCAGCACGGCAGCCUGCCAGGCGUUCUGCAGCAUCACGGACAACGGCCCGUGUGACGGCCAUGGGGAGUGUGUGCCGCCUGCCCCCUCCUCCCCCUCCAACUUCACCUGUGUCUGUCAUGAAGGUUAUUCCACCCUUGACUCAGGCAAUGGAUCCACGUGUGCCAUCGUCAACUCUACCACCACCACUGGUGAGCCCUUCUUAAACGAACUGUCCCACUUGGAGAUGGUGUUGUGUGGCCACACAUUUCAUGCAUCCCUCACCAACCCUCCUCCUUCCCCCCUUCCCCUCCUUCACCUUCACCUCCCUCCCAACCUUCCGACCCUCCCAACCCCUACCUCCUUGUUCGCUCGUUCCCCUUCCUCGGCAGUCUCCUCUCUGUCCACGGGCGCCAUUGUGGGCAUUUCUGUGGGCUGCUUUGCUGGCUUCACUCUGCUCGCUGGGGUGGUUGCAUGGCUGCUGUGGCCCCGCGGACGAAAGAAGUGGGAGGGGCUGGAUGUGUGUGAGCAGUUCUCGCUGCAGCAGAUGGUGAAGACCACCAACAACUGGUCGGACGACAAUGUGCUGGGCAAGGGUGGCUUUGGCAUUGUCUACAAAGGCCACUCGCCACACGGCCAGCUCUGGGCCAUCAAGCGAUCCUCAGUCAUGACCAAUGACUUUGAAAUUGAGUGA